UUAAAAUAUAUUUAUGAUAAUAAAGCAACGUUUUAACCAACACUUGAGAAGGUGAAACGUCGAGACUAGCCCUUGUAUAUAAAAAAGAUUUGUAGCCUUGAACUAUAACAAAAUGGAAGAUAAAUCGAACCGUCGCGCAACAGGUUCUGAAAAAAAUCAUGACAGAAGUAAUGAACUUAAAGGUCACGAGUGCAAAUUUUGCUCGAUAACAUUCCUGCCCGAACUAUCAACGUAUAAAGGACCUUUAACACAAACUUUCCAGGGACCGUUGAUGUAACCCAGAUCGUCACCAGCGCAAACUCUAGACAAAUCAGGAAUGCAAGAUGAACCUUCUUCAUCACAAAUUUUAACGAAACCACGGAUGCAAAAAGAACCUUCUUCAACACAAACUUUUCAAGAACCACGGAUGCAAGCUGGAUAUUCUUCAACACAAAUUGUAAAGGAACCACAGAUGCAAAAACGAUCAUUCUCAACACACAUGUUUUGGCAACCAUUGAUGCAAAGCAGAUCUUCAUCACAAACUGUGGAGGAACCGAUGAUGCAAUUCGAAUCGUCCUCAACUCAAACCCUAAACGAAUCAGGGAUGCAAGAUGAACCUUCUCCAUCACAAAUUGUAAAGAAACCACGGAUGCAAACAGAACCUUUUUCAACACAAACUUUCCAAGAACCACGGAUGCAAACAGAAUUUUUUUCAACACAAACUUUCCAAGAACCACGGAUGCAAGCUGGAUAUUUAUCAACACAAAUUGUAAAUGAACCACAGAUGCAAAAACGAUCAUUCUCAACACACAUGUUUUGGCAACCAUUGAUGCAAAGCAGAUCUUCACCACAAACUGUGGAGGAACCGAUGAUGCAGUUCGGAUCGUCCUCAACGCAAACCCUAAACGAAUCAGAGAUGCAAGAUGAACCUUCUUCAUCACAAAUUGUAAAGAAACCACAGAUGCAAACAGAACCAUUUCAACAAUAACCCUGGAGGACCAGAGAUAUAAGCGGUAAUUUCAUCCACUCUCCUUAGAGAAACUAUCGAUGCAGAUAGAACUUUACAUAUAUGCACUUCUUCAGAAAUUUUUGACGUAAGCAGGUUUUGCUAUUACUGCAAUUUUGCUAGAAUUAUUUAUGAUAACAGGAUUUUGGUUAAUUUCAAUGCUUCACAAACUAUUAAUGCGAAUAAAACCUUCUAAAAUACCAACUCUGAUAAAAACACGAAUGUAAGAAAGAGAUGCAACCAAGAUCUCCAGCACAAACUCUGCCUACCAUUCGUUAUUCGUUUAUUGAUCUUCAGCUCGAACUUCGAGUAAAGAAGAGGUUUAUGCAGGUCUUUUCUGUACUGAAAUUUCGGAAAAAAGAGCGAUGCAAGAGUUGUUUUCAACUAAAUCAUCACAGUUAGUAAAACCUCCUACUCAAAUUCUUUUCAGUUUCCGUGAUUCGUUUGCUUCUUCUUUAACACAAAUGUCGGAUAAAAAGGGAAAGCAACCUGACCAACUUAAAUCCUUAGAUUAGAAGCAAGCAGGACUUUACUGAUAUUUCGGGGAGAGAUGUGAUUCAAGAAGGAUCUUCUUCAUUUGAAGCUUCGGAAAAAGCAUGCCUUGACGAACAUUAUCCAGUUUUCUUGAUUCGUCUUCAACUCAAACUUUGGAUAAAGAAAAUUUUCAAGGAGGAUUUUUUACCCACAUCCAUCAUGACGAACAAGUGGAAUGGAGAAGUUCUACCUAACCCCGACUAACUUUCUGUGUUUUGCUUCAGCGAUCUCAAACGCAAUCGCCGAGUAAAGAAGGGAAAAAUGAAGGUGAAAAUAAAUAAAAGAGAUCUGUACAAGUUUGAAAACAAAAUCCGACUAAAUCAUCAAUUUUAAAAUUAUUACGAAUUAAGUGUGUUAUAAAUUUAUGUAACUAAACGAAAUUAUUCGUGUUAAAAUAAAAGC